UGGAAGUAAGGCGGAACACGAUUCCACGGUCAUGUAAACCUGUACGGAAGGAUUUAAAUGUUGCACCGGGGAAAGCGUCCAAAUUUCACAGCAAGAUUUAACGUAGAGGGGAUGUAGUACUGUGAAACUCACCUCAUCCGUUAUCUACCCUAAUCCAGUGUAUCUACAGGAGCCUUAACUGUCUGUACGCAGUAACUUAACAUUACAGUCCAGUCAAGAGUAGCUCAGAUGUGAAAUCUGCACCAAAAUAUACCAUUAUACACUAGUAACUGAUGCCAAGGACAUCAUAAUGUCUGCAUUUUGCACAAAGCUUGUUUUCCAAAGCCUCAGGUGUACCAUUCAGAGAGUCUCGGUGUCCAUUCGAUUCAUACCAUACAGAACUUUCUUUGUCAAGAGCAGCCAUCGGAUUCUUUCUCGAACACCCAAAGUGGCGUUGUUGUGUUGGGGUGCAGGUGGAAUCACUUGCGCUUCAGCACAGGAGGCAGUGCUUCCUCGGAGAACUGCGGAGAGAAAGUCUCUUGCCAAAGUGCAGGUCCACAAACUAACAUUUGUGUUGAGGCUGGGCAUCCGUGCCUUAGUCCUCCUACUGAAAUUUAGCCCGCUUUUGCUACUGUACCCACUGAGUCUGCUGUCCAAGCACUGGACCACAUACUGGCUAGACGCCCUGCUCUGGGUCACGGAGACGUCUGGUCCGACGUUUAUCAAACUCGGUCAGUGGGCCAGCACGCGACGGGACAUCUUCUCCCAUGAGUUCUGCGAUCGCUUUUCCCGUCUCCACGUCAGGGUGCAUCCUCAUUCGUGGAAUCACACUAAGCAAUGUCUGACACGGGCCUUUGGGGAAGGAUGGAGGCAGCUCUUUGUCUUUGACAGUAAGGAGCCUGUGGGUUCAGGAUGUGUGGCACAGGUGUAUCGGGCCAAGGCUCAAGUAGCAAGCGUGAAAGACCCGGCAUUCCAGCAGCUGGUGGAGGGCCUUGAACAAGAGGACCUGCUGGAAGCCUGGGAGGUUCCAGGUCUUGGAGGCACUUUGGGUUAUUUAUGGGGGUCCGAGAAAGGAGAGGAGGAGAUGUCUGAGAAUGUGGAUGGAGGUUCUGCUGAGCUUCCACACGCAGAGGAUAAGGGACUAAUACCAGUGGCGAUUAAGGUGCUUCAUCCUGGUAUCAGGAGACAGGUUCAGUUAGACCUGAUUCUGAUGAAGGCAGGCAGUGUGCUCAUCAGCUGCUUACCAGGCUUCAAGUGGCUCAGUCUACCCGAAGUGGUGGAUGAAUUUGAGAAGCUCAUGAUGAAGCAGAUAGACCUUCGUUUUGAAGCAAGGAACAUGGAGAAGUUCAAGAACAACUUCAAGGACUUAGAAUAUGUCAAGUUUCCAACACCACUAAGACCGUUUGUCACAAGGACUGUCCUGGUUGAAACGUACGAGGAGAGUGAACCCAUUUCGAACUACCUUCGAUCUGAGGUUUCUGUGGCUGUGAAGCAGAGAAUUGCCCGCAUGGGGGUGGACACGCUGCUGAAAAUGGUGUUUGUGGAUAACUUUGUCCACGGAGACCUCCAUCCAGGGAAUAUCCUAGUUCAGGCAGAUCAGGGGGUCUCGCCCCAGGACAAAGCCACUCUGACGGAUCUGUGGGACACGGUGGUGGUCAGCCUGAGACCUUCUCCUCCUCCGUUACAGCUGGUGCUGCUGGAUGCUGGAAUUGUUGCCCAGUUAAGCGAGGGAGAUCUGUGUAACCUGAGAGCUGUCUUCACUGCUGUGGUGCUCCAACAGGGGGAGCGUGUAGCAGAGCUGAUUCUAAAACAUGCCAGGGCGAACGAGUGCCAGGAUGUGCCACGCUUCAAAAAGGAAAUGGCUGAGCUGGUGAACCUUGCUGUCAGUGACACGCUGUCUCUGGGGAAGAUUCAGGUGGCAGAGCUGUUGUCACGAGUAUUUGGAUUGCUAAUCCACCACAAGGUGAAGCUGGAGAGCAACUUUGCCUCCGUUGUGUUUGCCAUCAUGGUCCUGGAAGGCUUGGGAAGGUCACUGGACCCAAACUUGGACCUCCUGGAGAUUGCUAAACCUCUGCUGUUAAAGAACUGCACCUCUUUUCUUUCCUGAACCCGAUAUCCACAAUUAUCCAAUUUUGUCCAGUGUCUAAAUGUAGCUUAGACAAAUAAACAACCUGUACACAUUAACCAAAUGUAGACUCUGAACUGAAUAUUAUGGGCAGUUAUUCCUUUACCAGAAGUGAAGGAUGACAUGCACUGUGGGACCAUCAGGGCCAGUAUGUGUGUGAAGUCUCUCCGAGGAACAUUUUGGUUUUAAUUGCUAAUCCUUAGAAAUCAGGAUGUUACUCCUAUACUCUGAUAGUUAAGCCUUAAUUUUAAGAGUGAUUCUCAGAAGCUUCAGUCGUACCCAGAUCCACAAUGGAUCCCUCAUUACAUUAUAAACAGAAAACCCUGUCUUCCCACCUGCCAGCAAACACUGCUAACACAAAUGUGAGAUCUUUGGAAAUUCUGUAUUACAUCAAAUAUUAAGAUCGAUCUGAAUUGAAAGGCUGAGCCAGAACAGUGAUGGCUGUCUGACAUAUGAUCAACUGUAUGGAAUUAAAAAGAUUGUUCAUCUAUAAUUUCUGUUUCACCUUAAAUCAAAAUAAAAUAUGGAGGUCCAUGCAUUACUGAUCAAUUUAAUUCAAUUUUAUUUGUAUAGAGCUUACAACAAUAGUCAUUGUCUCAAAGCAGCUUUACAGAUACAUAUAAACACAUGAUACAGAUUUUAAGUGUGUGAAUUUAUCACUAUUGAGUGUGUCGGUGGUGAGGAAAACUCCCUAAGAUGAUAUGAGGAAGAAACCUUGAGCGGAACCAGACUCAGAAGGGAACCCGUCCUCAUCUGGGUCACAACAGAUAGUGUGAAAGUAAAGGAAAGUUCAUUAUGGUUUUAACAUGAAGUCUGUUGAACUAGUCCACUGUUCACUAAAGAAAACUUUACUUUGUUUUGAAAAUAGAUUUGAAAUGAUCGGUUAUGGCUUUGAGACAAAAAAAUAAAAAUAAAAACCCUAAAUACAAAUCUCAAAAAUACAGAUUUCAUGUAAAUUAGGCCAAAGAUGAAGCACCCUGGGGAAAGUAGACGAUUUCAGAAUGGUCGACCUCAGAAUUUAGCCAACCACAGUCAUCUACUGUGCUCAUGUCCGUGAAGUGAAGUGAAAAGAAAUGGAGUAGAGUUAAGUGGAGUCAAAACAAGAUAUGAGCUGUAAUGAGGUAAGUGCACGUAAAGUUUUUAUGUUUUUAAUGAAAUAGCUACAUUUAGCAAAUAGCUGGGAUUGGUUAAAUGCUAAUCUUGACCACUCUGAAAAUCACUACUUUUCCCUGGAAAUCCCAAAUGCAUUUUUUUAGAUAUCUAUUUAGGAUUCAGAUUUAUCACCCCCAAAUCUCGAAAUCACAGUACAUAAAUCUGAAUUAUAUGUUUUUAAAGGUAAAUUCAUAUUAGGAUAGAGUUUGCAGAAGGAAUUGCAUGUUCUUGUGUAUUCAUCCUGGUAUAUUUUGGUAUGUUUAUGUAUAUUCA